CCUGGCGGGGUCAGCCCCGGUCAAACGGCCAGGCGCAUGGCUGCGUGGGGCCUUGGAGGUCGCCUUGGCUUACGUGGGUGCCUCGGCGCCGGCAGGCUACUGCGUCCCCGUUUCCAGAGCCGCGGCCCUCAGGAUGUGGAAGACGGGGACAGGCUACAGCCUUCCUUGAAGACACCCAGGAUCCCCAAGAUUUACACCAAAACAGGAGACAAAGGGUUUUCUAGCACCUUCACGGGAGAGAGGCGACCCAAAGAUGACCAAGUGUUUGAAGCCUUGGGAACUACAGAUGAAUUAAGUUCAGCUAUUGGGUUUGCUGUGGAAUUAAUCACAGAAAAGGGCCACACAUUUGCUGAAGAGCUUCAGAAAAUCCAGUGCACAUUGCAGGAUGUUGGCUCUGCCCUGGCGACACCACGCUCCUCGGCCAGGGAGGCUCACUUAAAACACACCGCAUUUGAGGCAGGGCGCAUCCUGGAGCUGGAGCAGUGGAUCGACAAGUACUCCAGCCAGCUGCCCCCUCUCACGGCCUUCAUUCUGCCUUCGGGAGGCAAGAGCAGCUCCGCACUGCACUUCUGCAGGGCCGUGUGCCGCCGCGCCGAGAGAUGUGUGGUGCCUCUUGUCCAGAGUGGAGAGACCGACGCAAACGUGGCCAAGUUCUUAAACAGACUUAGCGACUAUCUCUUCACAUUAGCCAGAUACACAGCCAUGAAGGAGGGGAAUCAAGAAAAAAUAUACAAGAAAAAUGACCCAUCAGACCGAGCCUAAGCCACUUUGAAAUAACAGAAAGGGGGAGCUUUGUAGACCCCUCCAUGGUGACAGCGGUGAAGAGAGUUUACCUUUCUGGUGUCCUGGCUGCAGAAGAUGUCAUGCAGAGGGGCUGGAAGUGGGUUUUUUGUCCAGACUCAGCUUUGUUUCAUAUCCUCUGCCAACUCCCUCAAGGGACUGUGGCCCUUUGAGAAUUCUGUCCUUGUUGCCCCAGGUUGCUGCGAGGAGAAGGAGCUGUGUGGAAAAAAGAAUAAAAGUGGGAAUGGCUUGA